GAUAAGACCAGCCCAUUUUCAGUCUAGCCUCAUUAAUUGUACUAGGACGGGCGUAUAUAGUGAACAGGAUGCAUACCGUGAUACACCCCAAAGCGACAUCCAAUAAUGCGCCUACUGAUUUGCGUUUUCCUUUACCUCGUUGGAGUGAUCCAAGCUGCAAAUACAACAACUACUACUACUAGUGACAAUUUUAAAGUCCCAUCUGCAUCAUUCUCUACCAGAACCCUAUGGACAAUAAUCUCCAGCUCCGGUCUCACUCUGUUUGCAUGUAUAUACAGUGCCAUCCACACCAAUAUUCCGAGUCCCGAGGAUAGCCCCCUUCGUAUUCUAUGGCGGCGGUUUUGGAUCAUGAUAAUGGCGCUCAUCGUUCCUGAACUGAUGGUCGCGUGGGCUGUGCGCCAGUGGCUCUGUACUCAUCAAGUUACAAAACAGUUCGAGGAAUCGGGGUACUAUCCCAGUGUCCCUGAAAAAAAGGAGUUUUUCCUUGUGAGGUGGGUCAAAAGGUUGAUUGAGGUUUAUGUCUCAAAACAGUCUGAAGAUUAUACGUGGACUCAGACUCACAGCUUCUUUGUGCUGAUGGGUGGUUUCAUGCUUUAUGUGGACAGGGAACCCUGCCUUACACUACGUUCUGAUGACAUUCUCAAACUGAUACGUGAAGGGCAUAUCGACGCCCCUACCCUAACGGAAAAACAGAUCGGCGACAAGAGCAAAGGCAAUGCGAUAUCGAAAGGACUGAUCAUCCUUCAGGUAGCCUGGUUUGUUAUGCAGCUCAUCACCCGCGCCAUCUAUCACCUCGAAACCACCCAGCUCGAAGUGGGGACACUUGCUUUUGCGGUUCUCGAUUUCCUCACCUAUGCUGCGUGGUGGAACAAGCCACUCGGUGUGGAGUGUCCGCAUCCAGUGUACUGGAAGUCGACCAACUCAAAGCCAGAGGAUGUCAUUGAUGAUUUCAAUGAAAGAGACAAAUUCGCUCAGUUUUGGAUCUUGGCUCUAGUCAGCCCAAUUCAUGAACUGUUAGGCUUGUCUGAGAUUCCCACAUCUCGAAAGCUCCGAGUUCCAACAUUCGAUGGCAGCAUCAAACUCGAAGGUUCGAACAAGUGGGUUCUUCAGCUUGCUGCAUUGCUUAUGGCAACCAUAUUUGGCGCCAUCCAUGGUAUGGCUUGGUUUUUUGCCUUCCGCACAUACCGAGAACAGCUGUUAUGGCGCAUGAGUGCCAUCGCUGUAACUUUCACACCCUGGCUUUGUUUUGUUCUGCAUCGCGCAGGCAUUUACAUUCAUCCAUUUGUACAAAGAGCCAGGGUAUUUGGGUUGAAUUUUUUCGUAUUUGGCUCGAUUUGUAUGGUAUUUGGCUUGAUUAUUAUUGUAUCUGCCAUAGUAUACAUCACAGCUCGUGCUGUCCUCUUAGUACUCAUGUUCACCACUUUACGCGAUCUUCCUCCCGGCGCACACAAGGCGGUGGCAUGGACCAGUUUAGUACCGCACUUAUAAUUCUUGAUCAUGGUACUUGUCAUGCACUUAUACUUCCGUUGAUAUUCAGAAUAGCGCUAUGAUCACAUGACCUACGCACAUAUGUGAAUCGAACAACAAUAUUAUUGCUGAUGUUGCCC